AUGUUUCAGCAAACUUCAACUCAAAGGAUGAAUACUAAAGGUUGUGAUCGCGCUAUCGUCGCUACUUCGAUAUUAGGAAUAUUGGUUUCCACAUAUGCUUUAUACGUGGAGAUGGCAGCCGAAGCGCGGCCCGGCUAUAAAGCGUUGUGUGACCUUUCGGAGCAUGCAAGCUGUACGCGGGUACUUACAUCAGAGUUUUCUAAGGGAUUUGGAUUUGUUUGGGAAGAUUCAUCGCUAGAAAUUCCUAACUGCUUAUAUGGAAUCUUGUUUUACUGCAUAAUGAUACUUCUAUCUACAUUUGAACAUCCAGUGGUUGUUCGGAUACAGUACCUUCUGUCUUUGGCGGCAAUAGCGUCGAGUGUGUACCUCGCUUAUCUUUUACUUUUUGUAUUAUUUGAUUUUUGUAUCGUAUGUGUUUCAACAUAUUUCAUUAAUGUGUCUGAAUAUUUAUGUAAACAAUACUUCAUUCAUCCGUUACGAAGGAAUUUUUGUCUUACAAGAGGUGCCCAGUAA